GCAUAUUCCUUUCUUGAUAUGAUUUUCCCGCCAAUAGUUAGUCCGUUGACCGGAAAUGAGUGAGUGAUGGAUGUUUUCUGUUUCACCAUCUGAAGAAGGGAGUUCAAAUCUCCAAAAAGGAUAGACGUCUACUGAAGAUUUGACUUUCUAGUAUCGAUAUAGUGUUAGUUCUUAUGAUCAGUUAUAUGUGUCUAUAUGACAUUUUUGCUAGUAUAUACUCUAAUAUCAUUCGGAGGAUCCCGUAUGUAACUAUGUUAUUUUACUAUCCACAUUCAGCAUAAGUCAGUUUUCUACACGUUUCAAUAAGCUCUUGAUGGGUUUAUGUAAUAUAUGUACAUACUUCAUAGAACAUUGGGAGGUGGAUGCAGCUUAGCUUUUGAUUGAGCAAUCUUAGCCUCCGUGGCGUCUCACCUUCGCCGUAGCUCUCGCCUGAUUUGAGAGCUCUGCCUCUCACUGUCCUAAAAUCAUUUGAUUGUUUUAUGGCUGCCCAAAGAUGUUAGCUGUCUUUCUUUUAAGUCUCGUCGAGUCUUCCGACUUGGUUUGUGGCCGGUUUAUGUAGUUUCCCUACCGCCUGCUUCCACACCGUGAAGCUCAAGAGUCUCUCAAGGCUUGCUGUUGUUGGUAUUUCUGGAGUUUGUAGUGUUGUAUGGGCUGAUGCAGAGCUUGGUCACCUCUUCUGGCUAAUGCAAUUGCAGCCUCCCACCCAAGGGGCCCUCUGGUUAUCAGUCUUCUUUGAGACAUAAUGAUUUCAUUUGCAGGUUCCAGCUUAAGGUGGUUCAGCCAUCACAACUCUUCAAGUGUAUAGUGCAAAGCAACACAUCUUUAGUCUUAGCAUUAAUCUUGUUCACUAGAUUAGUCCUAUUAUGUUCUACAAGUUUUUUUAACUUUUUGCGGUUUGUUCAACUAAACUAGUUUUUUAAAGCUUUUUGAUUCAAGUUUCUUGUAAUCUAUUUCAUUACUAGUUAAUGAUAUUAACAUUCUUAGCAAAAAAAAUAUAUUCUUAUCCCGGAUUUAACAAAUAAUUGAUCAUAUCCAAUAUUAACUAUCAAGAAUAUUUUUUUUUCUCAUCUUUGAUUAUAUUAUUGGACACUGCAUGGAUAAUUACUACUAUCACUUCUUUGUUUUAUGUUUUUGCAUAGCACAUGAAUGUUAUAAUAUGAAUAACUUAUUCUUACCCUAUCUCUUAUAAAAAAAUCAAAUUGUAGAUCUACCACGUUCAUAGAAUAUAAAUCAACACUUCUGUUCUGCCAGAACCUGAACACUUCUGUUCUGCCAGAACCUGUACACUUCUUGCCAUUUGUCUUUAAAAACUUGCCCAUGACAUGUUUUGAAUAUAUAAGAAGGCGAAGUAGAGAGAGAAAACAUUCUCACUUCUAUCCAAACAAAAAUAGUUACCAACCAAAAAAGUUAGUCCUAUCCGCUUCUCUUGCUUCCGCCUCUCCGCUGUCGUCUUUGACUUCGGUCUUUCCUGAGUGAGGUUGUUUGCACGGCUACGUUUUGAGGCAUGUUUUUUUUUUUUUUUUUGGGUCUAAAUGUUAAGUUUGAGGCAUGUUUGUUUCACCAUCUAAAAAUGAUCUAUUUAAAUGGAGAUAAGUUGUUCGUUUACGCUUAAAAUUACAAAUCAUUUGAAUUACCCAUUAAUAUGAGUUUCAAAUUUUUAGACUAAAAUAAAAUUUAUCUAGAUGAUUCAUUGAGAUAUGUUUAAUCGGUGCAUCUGGAUGUAAAUGAACCUAUCCAAAUAACAAUAACAAAUUUACUUUUUUUCUAAUAAAUAUUUAUAUUAAAGUUUAGAUAUAUUUUUCACCAAAACACACAAAAAUGUAUUUUCCUGUCAAAACCAGAAAAAUACAUUUUCCACCAAAACUGCAAAAGACGCAUUUUUCACUGAUACCACAAAAAUACAAUUUUUGCCGAAAAAACAAAAAAAAAAUGUUUUCUUCCUACCAAAACCACAAAAAACUCCCUUUUCCGCUAAAAUCUCAAAACACAUUUCCUGCCAAAACCGGUUAAAUGCAUUUUCUCGCCAAAACCGCAAAAACGCAUUGGAUUUUUCCCACCAAAACAACAAAAAUGCUUAUUCCCGCCAAAACUGCAAAAACGUAUUUUUCCGCCAAAAUCGCAAAAAUAUAUUUUCCCACCAAAACUGCAAAACACAUUUUUCCGCAGAAACUACAAAACGCAUUUUUGCCAAGACCGCAAAAAUGCAUUUUCUCGCCAAACCGUGAAAUCAUGUUUUCCGUCAAGACCAUAAAUCACAUUUUCUCGCAAAAACUGCAAAAUUUACUUUCCCAAGAAAACCGAAAAAAUAUGUUUUUCUCUAAAACCGUUAAAUUAUAUUUCCCACAAAAAUCAUAUUUAAAAAUAAUUUUAUUUUGAUUUAUUAAUAAAAACCAAUAUAGUUAAAAAAAUAAAAUAUGAUUAAAUCAAUAAUGAUAUAUAAGUCAUUUGCUUACUAAACUCAUCUAGAUGAAAAUAGAGAAGAACAAACGAAUACAUAUUCAUUUAGAUGAACGAUUUGGACGGAGAAACGAACCCUCUGAAUAACAUCCAUAUGAAUCAAUUAACUAAAUUAUCUAAAUGGGUCAUCUAAAUGGAUGAUGACAGAUGGACAAAUUAAAUGAACAGGACCUUACCUUAGUGUUGUUUUGGUGACGGUGAUUUUUCUGUUUCCUGUUUCCAUUUUUUGGUGACGAUGAUGACGAGGACGAGUGGCGGUGGCCAUUUCCCUUUUUUCCUGUUUGUCAUCUUUGUUUUAAAGUCCGGUUUUGAAGCUUGGUGUAGUGAAGCGGUGAUGGCCAUGAAGUUGAGUCUGGGGCGAUGGCGUGUAGGCUAGCCGGUGGAGGUCAGAUGUAGCUUUCGGUAAAUAAAUCUAUUUGGGGACAAUAUAUUUGCCUCUCUUUGGAAGUUUCCCGACAUCUCCCCUUCCUCCGAGAGUAUUCCUUUCUCCCUCUUUCUCUGCUUUUUGUCGCAUGGAAUAAGAUUUAGUCUCAUUUUAACGUUGAUGAUGUGGCAAUCUUAGGUUGCUUUUCUCAGAUCGGGUUGUGGUUUGUAGGCGGUGCCGGUUCGGGGCUUCUCUCCAUUUUGGUUCCUGCUCGUUGUUGGUGGCUGGAAAAUAUCGUCUAUAUCUUCUUAGCUUUUGAUAGUGGUGGUGGCUCAAGAGUUUUAUUUUUUUUUGCGGCGGUUCUUCUUUGGGGUUUGAUGGUGUGGCUUCUAGAAUCUUUUUAUGGUUUUGUCUUCCAUUUGUUGAACUUCUACACGGGUUGAGUUUGGUUUGGGUUAAGGUUAGAGUUUCUGAGUUAUUUUGAUUGAUCCCUUUAUCAAGUCCAUUGGGAUUCUGGUAAGAGUGUUUACACUAAAAAGAAACAUAAAAAAUAUAUUAAUACAAUAAAAAAAUUAAUAGAAUCAAAAGUUUUUUAAAAACCAUGUUUGAUAUGAUCUAUAUGAUCUAUCAAAGCUUAACACCUUAAAUUGGCAAGUACAUGAUCUAUAUGCCUAAUAUAAGCGUUACAGUUGUACUAACGUGUGAUGUACUGACAAAUAAUUCAGAGACAGGUUUUUCGGUGUUGAUUUAAAUUAACAAGUUUGAUAGACCAAAACAUAUUUAUGGACAAACUAUGACACAAAAAUAUUUGAAAAGUGGUAACUUAUAGUACCAAUUUGUAGAAACGGUGGAGCUGAAAAAAAAAACAAAGAAUCUUUAAGAAAAUGAUAGGAUGUUAACAAGUUCUUUUGAUAUCUCUUUACCUUUUUGUUUGUCAACAAUAUUGUGCUACGGAGAUAUCAAAUUUCCUUAACUUUCUCUCUCCACCUUAUCUCUUGAAGACGAUAAACUUGAGCUUCGUCUCCUUCGGCACCGACGGCGCGUGGCGGCGCGUACGGUGACUGGAGGCCCCCUCCGUCUAGUUUCUUUCUCUCGUUUUGCUGUUAUCCCAUCUGUCUCGCUCCCUUCGAUAUGUGCGUUGUUCUGGGCUAGGGCUUGGCUCCGGAAAUUGCUCCGCUGCAGAGGAGUUUUGAUCCGGUGGUCUCGCAGCUUUCUCUGGAACAAUGGCGAGAAAGUCGAGCGGUGGGUGGAGAUUGCAGUCGGCUUUUUGGGGUAUGGUUGGAGAUCGAUUUUCUCUUUCAGAUCUCGUCCUGCUUUUUUCUGUUCGUGAGGAGGAGCGUCGCGGUGUCCUCUCCUGGGUUUCGACGGUUCGCUGCUCUAGCCCAGGCGGUUCUCGGCUACGGAGGGUGUCUCUCGUCGGUUUUGAACCUGAGUAUCCUCCUCCUAGCGUGGUGUGUGCUGGUGGGUUUCUCUACCACGGCGGCGAGUUCGUGAGCUUCAGCACGCAGGCGGGAUGGUGUCUGAGCUCGGUGGCCGGCUCGCGUAGGUCAUAUGGGAGGUUUAAAGAGCGGUCGUCUAUGUCCGCUUGAGUGGCCUUUCACUUUGCUUCCUCACCUUUGGCCCUCCUCUUUGCGGUUUCUGUACUGGUGUGCCCUGUUUCAAAUCCCGUUCUUGUUGAGGCAAGUGACGGCCCUAGCGUCUCCAAUUUCAGUUCGUCGGUUCUCGGCGACGACGAGCGUGUGGUGGUUCUCUGGUCAUUGACCGCCACUUCCUAAAGCUCGGUCUUCGCUCACAUCCCAGCAUCACUUGGGUUUGCUUGUGCUCUUUGUGGUGGUGUGCGAGGCAAUUGUGUGCAGGUUGGGCUCGGUAUGGGAUGUUCGGAGGUUGCAGCCCCUUUUUGCUCGGAACGGGAUCAUGUAUAGGUCGUAUUCGGGUCUAAUAAAAGCUCGGUUUUGGUUUCUGCGGGUGUGUAGGCCUCUGCUCUUGUUGUCUGUUCUUGUGGGUUUGUGCUACUAAGCCUCGGCAAGCUGUUCUCGGAUGGGCCAUUAUCUUUAAGAGCGGAUCAUCGGGGAGGCCAAAAUUACCGGGUUCCGACUCUCGGUUGAACUUGGCUCAUUCUUUUGCGGCAAGCUGUUGUUGUGGACAUGGCCGAGCCUCGGGGAUAGCGGUUUAGGUAGUUUGUGUCUUUCGUCCCGUUUUAGCUAAAUCGAGUUUGUGUUUAGAUUUAUUUUCCGUUUAUCUGUUUCUUGUUAACCUCUGUAUUUUCUGUCAAAAACGAAAAAACUUGGUAAUAAUAUCUUUACAUUUUUACCAAAAAAAAAAAAAAAAAAAAAAACAAUAUUGUGCUACCUUACUUAAUUGUCGUGCAGAUAGGUCGUGUUUUGUUACGCCUGCGCGUAACAUCUAUUCUCGCCUGUCAUAAGCAGUUCGUUGCUUCCUUCACUCUUAUAAAUUUAUAAUAUACAUUACGCACGUAUAUAUAUACUUACAUGUGUAUUAAAUUAUUUAUAAAUAAACUUACAUGUGUAUUUAAUUCUUUAAUGUACGACGAUGAAAUGUAUUUAUUUUUAUUUUUUUGAAAAGAGAUGAAAUGUAUUUAUCAUUGUUAAAGAAAUCACUAGAUGAAGCGAUUUGGAUAGACCCAGGGCCGGCUUAAUAUAUAGAAGGGCCCUUGGGCAAAAAGAAUUUUAAGGCCCCUAUAGUAAGUUAAUUUUUUAACGUUGGUAAAAAAAUUUCCUGAAAUUUCGACUCGAGCAUCAAACAUGUAUAUUCUCUUUAAUAAUUUAACUAGAAAAAAUUGUGAUACAUUGUUUUAAUACUGUUUAAAUCUAAAUCAGAUAUGCUAAUUAAAUAAUUAGGGCCCCUAAUAUUGUAAGAUUUGAACCGGACCCGGGGCGGUCGCACCGGCCGCACUCCCUAUUGAGCCGGCACUGGAUAGACCUAACAUCUAGUGAUCAGAAUCUAAGCAUUAUUAAUUUUAUGUUUAUUUAUUAUGUAUCUUAUUUUAUUUUACAUAAUUUAAAAUUUUGUGUGUUUAAUUAAAAGUUUACUUUGAUAAAAUAUAAAAAAUAUAAAAAAUCAGAUAAACGUGUGAAUUUAUACUUAGAAACAAAAUUAGAGAAAAAUACCAUCACCUGUUUAUAUACAGUAAAUAUGAUAUAACUAAAUUAGUUACAAUUCACUCUGAUAUUCUUUAUUAACUCGUUUAGACUAAUUUAUAUUAAUUUAAAUUAAUUUAAACCAAAUUAGACAAAUUUUAACUGAUUAAAAUAAUUUAAACAGUAUAGAUAAGAUUUUAAGAAAAUCGUUUCGGUUAUAGAUGAUUCCUUCUAUAGCUAUAUUUAGUACUAUAUUGGUACUUAUACAUAAUUCAUUCUCAUUUAAUGGACAUAAGUGUCAAGUUUGCAUAGAAUAUGGGAUGUGUACCUUCGCUGGGGAAAUUUUGAUAAUUUCUUUAACAUAAAAAGAUGUAAGCUAAUUAAUUAAUAGACAAAAAAUUAUAAACAAGUGAUGAGUGCACCCUGGGAGAGAAACAUGAAGGGAGGAAGGGAAUCAUAAGUGCAUGUGAAGAGACGAUACUACUACUGUUUUGCCAAAUAUGGAACAAGUGUAUUUUGCUACAAAUGGGAACGACAAUUUUGAAGUUUUAGAUGAAUAUUAAAGAAUAAAUAGUCUUGGUUUAACCAACAAAAAGGUCUUAAAAGCUUAACCCUAUAUGGAUCCAUGGUAGUAUGGUACUGAUAGGGCUUUCGUUUCCAAAUGCUGGAACUCCGUCCCCCUUACGAUGUUCUCUCUCUAUUAUCAUAUAUGGAGAUCUCAAAAUAUAAUACAUGUGUUUCGUGAUUUAGGGAAAGAUUGGUUACAGAAAAUGGUAAAAUCUCCUUUUUGGGUCAUUGGGUGUCAAGAAAAGGUAAAAUCUAUGUAAAAGGUCAAAAACUAGUUGGAUAGUUAGGGACUAAAAUAAGUACUAUACAAUACUUCUAUUGGUGAGGUUAGAGGCUUAAAAGUAUAUAGAAUGUGGAAUCCAUCUUAAUCUAGUGGUCUAUUGGUGAGGUUAGUGUUUUCGCAGGGCCGGCUUAGGGCAUGGGGCAAGGGGGCGUGGGCCCCAGGGCCCAAACAGUUUUUAACAAAAAUAGUAUGAAAGAGGGGUCCAAUUUUUUAAAAAAUAAUUAAGGAUAGGGGCCCAAAAUUUUUAAAUUAUUCAUAUAUACAUGUAAAAAAAAUUUUUUGCCCAAGGGCCCACUAUUAUCUUGAGCCGGCCCUGUGUUUUCGUACCAUAUGUAUGCAAUAAUUAACAUCUUUCUUUUUUUUAAAUCGCACUUCCAGCUUGGGGUAGAACCACUAAACCUUUAGUUAAUCGACCAUGUUGAUUUGUUUAUUGUAGUUGGUAGUUAAAACUUUAACCAAAUUUGAAGUAUCUCUUUCUCAAGCCGAAGCUGAACUCGAAAUAACCGAAUGCCCUCGUCCAUAUAUUAAGGUUUUGUAAAAAGUAACUAAAUAGGUUGACACCACAAUAACACACGGUCUAGAAGCAUAUAUACCUGGAAAUAUAUGAUUCGCCAAAAAAUCACAUACAGUGAAUCGAGAUCAAAGGAGAUUGUAUUCAGAUCAAUAAGUGUGAUGUUGGUGCCAAAUCAAACUACUGUUUCUUGCUUUCCACUGACAAUGAUGGAUUCCAAACGCGUAAUUUAUCACGCGCCAUUCCGUGUGGCUCUAUCUCUCCUUGCGCCUAUGUUUGAUGCUACACAUUAUUGUUAUGAUAUUAGGUACUUUAUCUAUGAAAAAACCGACAUUUAAAUACUGAACUUACUUUAAUUUGCCAAACAAUAAACGAACUUUUCAUUAAGCUAAAAAAUUAACAAAUUUAUGUUGACUGGGCCAUUUUAGAUAUGAAUUUAGUCAACACUAAUUAACGUUAAGUGGACGUUUAGCGUUAACGACCACGUAAACGAAGUCGUUUUAAAAUUAGAAUUAUCCCCAAAUCGAAACCGUAUGAACCCUCGAUUUGAUCCUUCUCUACUCUCUCUCUCUCUCUUCACACCAGAGCACAAAAUCAAAUCUCCAAACAUCUCCUCUCCUAAUAUCGAUUCUAUCUCUUUUCUUCAAACGUGAAAGAUGAGUUCGAAGUGUAUAUGUGGUAGUGAUGUUUGUACAUUAACGUGGAAAACACAAGAGAAUCCUGGGCAUCCUUUAUUCCGGUGUGAAACUAUGAAAGAUGAAGUUUGGUUUGGUGAAUUUCGACACCACUGUUGGAUUUUUGCUUAACAAUAGAAUUGUUAUUUGCUAGGAACAUUUUUUUAACAGAAGAUUCACGCCUUCAUUUUUACAUUGUCUUAUACUCUUUCUUAUUCAAACAUGUUUCCAAGUUAAAAGAUCAGAACAUAACAGUUUGUUUCUUUUACAGGUCGUAGGAAGAAAACCUUGUAAAAUAGAUAAACAAAACAAAACUGAGUUUCUGUUUCUUUAUCAUUGAUCUGUUUUUAGCUUUCAGUUAGUUUAAAAAAAAAUAACAAUGGCCCUGUUCGGCAAGUGAACGAUGCCGUAGCGACCAGCUACAAGAAAAUAACACUGAGAACUGAGAAUUAAUAGACGAACAUGUCAAGAGAAGAAACGUUCCUUUUAAAAUUAUGAUCGCCGUAGCUGCCGCAGCGUGUUGACGGGAUGAACAGGGCCACUGUGUCUUCAGUUAGUUUUUUUUAAAAAGAAAUUUUCUUUAUUUCUCUCCUUUGGCAAGAGAAGAAACGUUUUGAUUUGUACUAAAACAUUCUUAAAAAUAAUGGCAGGACUCGUUUAAGAACAACAAAAGCAGCAUCUAAGAUACUGAAACACAACAUCAAAGUUUUAGUGUAACUCACGACAUGAAAACCAUCACAAAAACAAAAGUAAACAAAACAAAGGAACCAUCAUCUUCAUUAUCCAAGCUGUGAUCCACCUUGUGAACCAAGCUCUGACCCUCCUUCCUAUGAAAAACAUAGCAUAUCAAUAUGAUGUAAAGACAUAAAGAAAACAACACAAGCAUACCUGAUCCUUUCUUGGGCGACCUCGUGGUCGUUUAGGCUCGGGUUCGACCCUUGGAUUUGAACAACUAACUUUGGUAUGUCCUUCUUCUCUGCAGUUUGAGCAAGUCAUAAUGCGCUUAUCACGACUUAGCCUAGUCUUACUUGUUGACUGUGAAGAUGAUUCAUUGGCGCUUUUCUUUCUAGCAUAAUUACUUGGCCUUCCUCUAUUACCUAACCUAUUUGGUGGAGGCAAGACAGGUAGCCUGUUCAACGUCGGCCACAACUUCAUCCCUUCAACAGGCCUAAUACUAUGCUCAUAAGUCUUUCUCCAUUUUAUAGUAGUGUAGUAAUCUGAAACGUAAUCGUCCACUUUUUGCUUCUUUGCGGAGAUCACACAAGCGGCAUGAUUACAUGGAAUUCCAUUUAGUUGCCACAUCCCACAACCACAAGUUUUCAGAUUCAUAUCAACACUAUAAUAGCAGCCAUGGUCGUCAAUUUCGAAGACAUUACCAGUAGCCAUAUAUCUAAUAUAAUCUUGACCCUUAGCUAUAGCAGAUUCUAUUGCAACGUGAGCUCGUUUAGUGAACCUAGUCUUCAACCUAUUAUAAAUUAGAGACCGUUUUGCUGUGCGAACCAUGCAUUGUCUCCUAAUUUCCUCUAACAGGUGAAGAAGUGGUUUUCGCCUAGCCUCACGGAUUGUUUUAUUGAAAGAUUCAUUAAGGUUGUUCAGAUUAUCAUUGCAACAUGAACCAACCUUAAAGAAAGCCCGCGACCAAGUGUGAGGAUUGGUGACUUGAAGGUUUUGAUGCGCCACUGGAUUGUACCUCUGAAGCUCAUUCAUUUUCUCACGAAAGUCUCCUAAAGUGUAACUGCGAGCUAUUUUCCAGAAUAAUCUCUCUAGCUGAGGGUCAUGGCUAUCUCUCUUCUAAUUCCCAAGAAUGUGUCUAGCACACAUUCUAUGUUCUGCAUUAGGAAGCUCUAAAUGAACAGCUUUCAACAAACCCUACAUAACAACACAUAAAACACUUGUUAUUUUGAUGUAAACCGGUCUUAAUAUAAGUAAAACACUUGUUACCUUUUGCCUAUCAGAUAUGAUUGUGAAGUUGCUUCCAUCACCAAGUUCCAAAUCCAUCUUUAGAUGAUUGACGAACCAUGCCCAAUUGAUAUCAUUUUCGAUCUCCACUACAGCCCAAGCAAUUGGCACAAUUCGAUUAUCUCCAUCUCUUCCAACAGCAGCAAUCAAUUGGCCCUUCACAUCCCAUUUGAGAAAGGCUCCAUCUAGACCUAUGAUUGGCCUACAAGUGGACUUCCAAUCCGAUCUUUGUGCUUCAAAACAUACAUAGAAGCGAUCAAACCUUUGUUUGCUUCUUGGUGUUGCUCCUGGAAUGGUCACUAUCUCUGUGAUGGUGCCUGGAUUUUUCUUAUGUAGUUCGGCUUCAUAAUCCCAUAUUCACGAAAAGUGAGCUUCAUGGCCAGCUCUCCUUUCCCUAGUGAUUUUUGUCUUCGCUUUUCGACACUGCUCAUCGGUUACUAUCAAGCUGUAAGUCCGUUUGAUCUCCUCACUAAUUUCUAUAGCUGUAAGCUUUGGAUUCAGCCUCAAUCUUUCCGCAAACAGUUGUGCAAUUGACGAAGUCUUCAACAAUUUCGAGUAACCAGACCUUAUGCAAGUGUGUUCAUUAACAUACACUUUUAUUUGCAGCUUAUGCUUCCUCUUUUCAUACGAACAGUACACCCUCCAAGGACAAUCAUAUUCAGUGUCCGAGCAAACAGCACCAAGCUUCAGUUGUGAUGAAAUAUAUAGCUUAACGUCGUAUCUUGUUUUCAAUGAAUACCUCAAAAGAGCUUGCUUGAACUCAGCCGCAGAAGAAAAUGUCUUUCCCAAAGCCAAAACCUCAUUGCUUAAUGCUUCAUCCUCUCGAGCUUCCCUUCGCGCAUCCUCUUCUUCAUCAUCAGAUGAUAUAGGAUCAGGUAUAUUAUCUUCUUUCCAACAGUCGUCAUCUCCGCUCUCAUCAUCGUCUCCUCCAUCAUUCCUUGCGACAUCUCCAAAGUGUGUAGGUAACACUUCACAAGCUUCUUCUUCAACUCGAAUGCCACAUGUUUCUUCUUCCUCGACAUCAUUCUCUUCAGCUUGUUCUACCAAUUCAUCAUCAGAAUCGUCAACAAUGGCUUCACAGUCAUCACCAGGUACACAUUCACGCUCCUCUCUGUUGACGUCCUCAACUUCAUUCCUCUCCAUAUCAUUGUUUUCAACCACAACUGGGGAUUCAUCUUCGUGUUCUCUUGGCUUAGGUGGACGGAUAGGAAUCUUUUUCCUUUUUUCCUUGGGGUUCAUGGUCAGAUUUUUACGAAGAAUCAGAGGAUAAGUAAAUUGCAGUCUUGGAUUAGGAGUCUAAGGGGAAGGAGAAGAGAUGAAAUCGAUAAGUUAGGGUUCAUGCAGUUUCUAGUUCUAAAACGACUUUGUUUACGUCGACGUUAACACUAAACGGCCGUUUAACACUUAUUAAUAUUGACUAAGCUAGUAUCUAAAACGGCACAGUCAACAUAAGUUUGUUAUUUUUUUAGGUUAAUGAAGAGUUUGUGUAUUUUUUGAUAAAUUUGAGUAAGUUCAGUAUUUAAAUGCCCGUUUUCUCCUUUAUCUAUUGAUAAUUCGAUGUUUUUUGUUAUCUUCCCUCUCUAAUCUCAUAAAUGCUAAACUUGUGUUGGAUGAUGAUAUCAUUUUCCAAAAAAAAAACUCAUCUGUUAGAUACACUUGAUUCUGGCUGUUUUUAUUAGGUUAAAUUGAAUUUGUACAUUAAUCUGUCAGCUAUAGUAUGACGAAAACGAAGGGACGACAAAACAGUUAUGACGAAAAUGAAGGUUGAACAAACAUUCACACGAGAUAAGGUCCUGUAGAAGAGAGACAAACGGUGCGUUCAAAUAAACAUCUGAAGACUCAACUUCUUCCCUUUAGAGUUUUCAAAAAAAAAAAAUUCUUCCCUUUAGCGAUCGUUUUAUUCAAUUUUAUUAUAGUUCAAACAUUGUAUGAUAUAAAUUUCUUAGACAAAAUCUUUUAAACUUGGUCUGAAUAGUUUGGUGCUAGAAUUACUGUCGGAGUUAUUGCCACGAUCACUAAUACCGCUGCUCAACUGGCAUGCUUUUACCAUUGUGAUGAAGCUGUACACAUAAAAACUUAACUAGACUUUUUUUUGUUGAAAAAAAAACUUUACUCGACUUGAAGCAAACAAAACACGAGUUUAAUUACUUGAUGUGUUUGUUUUCCUCACUCAGGAAUUUAAUCUUAGGAAACGACUAGGUCUUAAAAAGUACUAUUCUGAGUUUAAUUAAUCCAUGAUUUCCGGAAAAAGAAAAGAUAAUAUAUGUUAAUGAAGUCAUUUUUAAAGUAAAAAAUAAAGUGAAGGAAGGGAACACGAAUAAUGCGAAAACAAAAGUAUAUAAACGCAACGUAACGCAUAAAGUAAUUUUUUAAAAUAAAACAUUGAAAAAUGUCGCUGCAAAUUGCAGGCAAGGAACACAGACUUCCUCCUCAUGUCAUGUCAAUGUUCAACUUCAAGUUCCCCACUUGACCCAUUGCCAUUGGUCACACUCUCUUUCUCUCUCUUCGGCAAUGA